AGAGGUAUUUCAGGCACAUGGUUGGGCUCUGUGACAGGGAGCAGAUAAAGACGGAGGGAGGGAGGGAGUCUUCCCAGUCAGCCUGUUUCUCUCUGAGCUACACAAUCUACCGACACAACCCCGGGCUCAGUGAUGUUGGAUACACUGUGAGAGUGAGCUCUACCCUUCACACACACUCUGCUCUCACCUGCUCGAGGACACACACACGCCGGCGACAUGGAGGAGGCUGACCUGCUGAAGGAGAGGCUCCAGGCCAUCACGGACAAAAGAAGAAUCCAAGAGGACAUCGCCAAGAAGAGGAGACAGAUCGAAGAGGAGAAAUUAAAGCUGCAGUACAUAAAGAAGAAAGCCCUGAGGGAGCAGUGGCUGAUGGACGGCCUGAGUCAGCAGUCGGAGCAGGAACAGGAAGCCAUGAGGCUCCAGGCUCAGGACGAGCAGCAGCAGAGCGAUCAGCUGCAGAUCAACAUCCUCAGAAUAGAGAAGGAGGUCGAGGCCUUGGAAACACAGGAGCUCAACAUCUCUGCUAAUGAAGAAGCCGUUCUGAAGCGGCUGAAAGAGGUGGAGCGGACGGCUGAAGACAUCAUCAAGAAAGCUUCCUUGGUGGAUACAGAGGCAGAUGGAAAAGAGCUGAGCGAAGGUUGCAGCACAACUGAGAAUCACAAUUCCUUCUUCUCCGUCACCAUGGAAACCAGCGAACAAUCAGAGCUGCCGAUGGACUGUGAAGUGGAGGUCGCUGCGGAUGACUCACCUGAGCAGGGGAAGGAUUUCAGAGCAGAUGACGAGCAGGUUCGUUUAGAGACGGAGUCGUCAGAUUCCCCCGGGGGGGCGACGCUCUGCUCAUCAUUAACCCCCCCGCCGACCGGAUCAGCUGAGACUGCCGAGCCUGACUGCUCUGAGACCAGGAUGUCCCAGGACCAGAAGGAGGUUCUGAUAUUAAACUCGGGACACGACGAGCUCAACAGGAACGAGUCGAUCACUUCCUCUGUCUCCGACACACUGUCCAGCCCCGACAGCGUCUACGAGACCGAGGUGAGCCGCAGGAGGCAGGACACGCCAGAGCAAGACCCUGAACCAGAACCAGUCCCUGACCCAGAACAAGACCCUGAACCAGAACAAGAUCCUGAACCAGAGUUAGUCCCUGAACCAGAUCCAGAGCAGUACCCUGAACCAGAACAAGUCCCUGAACCAGAACCAGUCCCUGAACCAGAACCAGAGCAGUACCCUGAACCAGAACAAGUCCCUGAACCAGAACCAGUCCCUGACCCAGAACAAGUCCCUGAACCAGAACCAGAGCGAUACCCUGAACCAGAGCAAUAUCUUGACCCUGAGGACAACCUUGAACUGGGGCAAUACCGUGAGCCAGAGCAAGACCCCGAGCUGGACCUGUACCCUGAUCUGGAUCCAGAGGAUAGUGAGUUUAACAAUCUGCCCAUAGACACAGAGGAAGACCCGCAGGUCCAUGAGAUCCUGUACGAGCCUCCCGUCCCAGAGGAGUCAGUGCUGGAGCACUGCAUCAGGGAGGAGGCCAUGUCCGACGUGUCCAACGACUCGUGUCACGACCUCCACCCUGACGACAUGGAUGAAUGUCUGAGGGUUGAGAUCGCAGCGGCGUCUUCAGACAGUGACACGGAUGAGAAAUGGAGGGCGAUAUUCUCCUCCUCCAUAAACAAGGAGGACGAUGACUCGUACUUGGACAGUCUUCAGCUCAGCGCCCAGGAGCUCUUUGUGCAGAAAGUUGAUGUGGAAGACUUUGAAGAACAAGACAACAACGCUGAGGAGGUUUGUCUUGAGGUUCCACACGAGGAGGAAGUUCUGGAACAACCUGAGGAUGUGAUUCCCCUGCCCACCCCCACACAGGAGGUUAAAUAUAAUCCUUUAGGCCUUCAGGGUCUGUCCAAGAUCUCCGAGGAUGAGAGCGAGAACGGCAGAGAUGCCAAUCACAACCAGACCUCCCACCAGCAGCUCAACGCAGAUCAGAACAAGAAGCUACCCAAAGACUUCUGUGUGAUCCAGGAGACGAAGAGCGAGAACGUCAGCACAGAGCACGUGGACUUCCAGCUGGCUCGCAAACAGUGGCGGGAAAUGGAGGAGCAAACCAAGAACAAGAUCUUCAUACCUACCACCAAGCAGCCCAGCUUCCACGGCAGCCACAGCUUCAUGUACACGCCGGUCCGCAACAUUGAAAGAGCUCCCAAGAAAGCCCACGAUCUGGAGAACCUGAAUCUGGUGGGGGAUUAUCCUCAUACCCAGUUCAGCCCCUGCUCUGAGGAUUCUGGUCUGGAUGACUCCAGUUACAGGUCUCCCUACGAUGACCCGGAAACACCCGUGGAGAGGGAGAUCCGCUUAUCGAUGGAGAGGGAGGAAAACUUCAGGCGGGAAAGGAAUCUGUCCAGGAUGGGCAAAUCCACCGACUGCGCUCCGUCACGAAGUAUCCCCAGAUCCAUCAGCACCCCCCUGACGCCGUCGUUCAUCAUCACCUCCUCACCCACUAAAGAACCUCUGAAACACGAGGUGUCCGCAAACAACGUGAUCAUACUCGACCCCAGCAGCGAUUUCAGCUCCGGCUCCAGACACGACUCGGACAGCGCGGCCGCUCGGUCCGGAGAGUGGCGCUCCGAGGACAACGGCUCCAACCUCAUCAUCCUGGAGACGUCCAACCUCAUCAUCCGCAGCGCCUCCGAGUUCUCCCUCAACAAAGCCUGCGAGCAGCCGCAGGAGAAGAUGUUCCUGAACAACCCCUUCUUCAAGCUGCGUUCGAGAAGCACAAUAUCCCUGGUAGACGAGGAGAUCAAGCAGGUGAAGCAGAGGGAGGAGGAGCUGAGGAAGGAGAGAGCCAACCUGUACGGACAAGACCGGUUCAGUGCGGACAGGAUGCUGUCGAACCACAUGGACACUCUGGCGUUUGACACGUCAGCUGAUGUUCCACAGAAGUGCAAGUCAUCUCCAUCAUCGCCGAUGAAGACGCCGUACAGGAUGGACCGCUCUGCUUUGUCCUGCGAUCACAGAUUUCCAGACGUCUACACAGGAGGACGACGUAAGAGCGCCAUGGCUCUGCGCUGGGAAGCGGGAGAGUUUACAAAAAGCGACUGAGGAGGGGCGAGUCGAGCGUUUGCCAUAUAAGGGCAUCGACCGUCAGUGUUAUUGUCAUUCCAGUUAGAUUCAGCAUUGCAAUUGUUUGUUUCAUGUUGUGACAUAAACUCUGCUUCUGUGACGCUUUGGGCAAAAAUAGCAAAACAGUGAGAACGUUCGUGGUGACGUUACAGUUCAGAGAGAACUGAUAACAGUGUUAUAACAGAGGGUUUACAUUAUUAUCUGACACCCACAGUUCUGACCUCAUCAUCUGAACCAAGUCGUAGCUGUGAAGCUGGAAGGCUGCUGGUUUCAGCUCUUACUAAGCUACAGCUGCUGCUACGUGAUGUAGCAGUAAAGUUUAUUUCAGGAUUGACAAACGCUCAAACGCACACUUUCCAUCUAUCAAUAAUUUAUCAAUAAACAAUAUUGUGAACUGUGGGAAGCAGCUGUGGUAGAAACCAGUGCAGGUAUGAAGAAUAACUCGGUCUACAGCUGAUGUGUCAUGCAAUAAUAUUCACUGAGUGCAUGCCUCCUCCUGGAUCUUUCCUGGCCUGUUGAUGCUCAGGAAACUGCCACUGGAGGAAAAGAGAGGUUUAAAGUGUUCUCUGAAACCUGAUUGGGCCUUUAUUAUAAACACAGUAAUCACAUGACAUGUGUAGAGGGAGUUAAUGGUCACUGUAAUCAGAGGGUGAAAAUACUACGAUGCUUCAGCAGUGAGUUAGACACAUCAAGAGGCCACUGACUGUAGGUUUUACUGGUAUAUAACGCUGUGUCAAACAGAGUUCAUGUUGUUGUGAGGUCGAUUUGGAGACACUCAGAUGACUGUUUUUUGGGGGGCAGCAGGAAACGCCAAUAGAAAACUGACAGUGUAACCCAAAUCAGUGGUUCUCAACCUUUUCCAACUCACUUGAAAAUCUCAAACCUGUUGAAUGGUCACAUCCGACCCUGUAACAGUCUCAUGACCCGUCAGGAGGAAGUGGAAACAGGAGGCUCAGUGUUUCUUUCCUGUCUGACAGGAGCGAUCACUGAUUCACCAUCUGUCUCUGUUAACGCUUCCUGUUUCUAAGCAGCUCUGUUCUGAUUCUCCAGUUUCUUCCAUGAAUGUGAUGUUAGCGCACAAUCCCACUGAGGUACUGAACAAGUGAAUGAAAUGCUCCGGCUAGGGACAACAUAAGUUCCUAUCAUUGAUUUAUCAGUGAUAGGAAUUAAUAUAAGACAAAAGCAAAAAACUAUAACAACUUUAUUAAUGUUUUAAAAGUUAAUUUCGUUUUAAAACAUUUUUUAAAAAUAAUUUAUUUAUUUUACACUUACACAUUUUCACCAAAAAUGUCCUGUUUAGCAAAAGAUUUGUCGGCCCACUUGCAAUACCUUUGCAGGGGGCCCCGGCCCACAGGUUGGGAACCACUGAUCUAGAGCUUAUGGAGAACGUGUCAGUUCGCAGUUGUAAAAGAAACAGAAGACUGUAUUUGGAGUUUUGUGUCCACCUGAAGUCAAAUAUUCGCUCUUCCUGUAGCUCUGCUUUGGUCUCCACCUGCUUUCAGCUGCUGGUCUGAGUCACUGAGCUGUGUGGAGCUGGACAGGUUGCACAGUGGACUGAUCUGAAAACAGCUGACUGAUCCAAAACAAUGAGCUGAAAGAUGCUAAAAUGUUCUGCACAGCUGAGGAAACUAACUCUUUGUGCGACACCUUUCGUAUGAGUCAUUAAUGUGAAUAUAACAAUAAUGGUUAGCGUAGCUUUUAGCUGAAGGGGAAACCUGCAGCUGCUCCAGAGGUGAGACACCAGCUGAACGCCACGACUCAUUUACACAGAGGGACUGAGGAGCUGAGAGCAGCUCGUUACAGAGAUUGAUUCAUGUCCACAGGGAAUGAUUACAGCUGCCAGAGACUCCUCCAACGUCACGUGACAUGAGACUAUUGUGUGAAAACCUUUACUUCAUGUGAAAGAUGAUUGAAACUGAAAGUAUUUAGGAGCUUUUUUUGCUGAGAUGCCUGAAUGUUAGAAACUGUAUUGUUGAGUCGACUCUUUGCUAAACUUUUCUGGACAUUAUAAAUGUAAAUCAGAUUUGAAAACAUAUUUUGAUGUUAUUGUACGUCUUGAUGAAGCAAAUGCUACAUUGCUCAGUGUAUAUUAACUGUAUUUUCGUACUAUGCUUUUUUGCUGCAAAUGAUAUUUCAGGGUGAGCUGGACGGAAAUAAAUCAGCACAAUAUACAAAACAUAUAACUGUUCACCCCAACAGAAAGCUCAGACAGUGAAUGUCCGUGAGAAUAAAUACUAAUGCACAUUUCAGAGUGCCUGAACGAGCUGCACAUUAUUCUGAAUGACAAUCCAAUAUCUACAGGGAUCACUGGACUCCAAACUGGAGAACCAAUGAGACUACGAGGAAUGUGGAUAAAAUAAUAAUAAUAAUGAUAAAAUAAGUUUCCACAGAUUAAAGUAUUUUAUUCUUUAUACAAUAGCUCUAUAAAUGAAUGUUGAUUUAUACACAGUGAGGCUACAGUUACUCACACACACACUUCCUGUAAAUGUUCAAAUUCUGACUUAACUUUCCAACAAUCAGCUGUUCUUUCAGUUUUUAUGUGACAGGACAUUUAUAGGCCAGUAUUUAUUCUAAAGCACUUUUCCCUUUAGUGUGAAUUGCAUGAGCACAACACAACAUUUUCAAAAGGGAUUUUCUUAAAAACACUGUAAUCAGCUGAUUUUAAUAAAGAAAUGUUGAUGAUUAUUUACAAAGCCUUGAUAUUUCCAGCUACUCUGAAAAGCAGCCUCUAAGAGCUUGGUACUUUCCUGACCUUAGAUUGAGCCGACCUUAAACAGCAUUGUUUUACAUUUCAUGUUUGUAUGCUUCAUUGUUUCAGUAUAAGCUUUGAAAUCUCCAGGAUUACUUGCUGAUGUUUAAACACUAUGUGAAAAGCUCCCGCCGUGGAUUUACUGGGCUCUUUGUGACUAAACAACCCGGAGCUUUUCACUUUGUAUUCCUCAUGCGAGCUUUGAAGAGAUUAGUGCAACAAUAAAAUAUGUAUAUGAAGA